AGCUAACUGAUUCGUCGUAUAUAUUGCUAAAAUGUUGUUGUAUAUUCUAACUCUAGCUGUUUUCCCAGUUGUAUCUGCAGCCAUCCUGCAAGGUCCAUAUUUUAAACCAGGUUGUCCGCCAAUUGACCUGUUUGGCAAUGAAAAUUGUGAUACACUAACCUCACCUUUUCCAAAUUGUAUAAAUGACGGCGAUUGUUCACCAACAGAACAAUGUUGUCCAGGAACAUGUGGCAAGAAUUGUCUUCCCAAACGGCGCGUUUGUUCAAAAAAUCCAUGUGGUAAUCUACAGAUUAAGUGUCAGUUUGGACAAGAGAGAGAUUCAAACGGAUGUUUGUUAUGUAAAUGUCGUAAUCCCACUUUGAACCCACCAUUAUGUCCUCCUGCACAGAUGGUUAACUGCUUAGUUGAACCAUGUCGUUCGGCAACUUGUAGUAACCCUGAUGCACAUACGUGCUUAGCCAACUAUUGUAACUGUCAACCUGUGUUCUAUGAUUUUAACGGAAAUGCGGUCAAUUGUUAAGAAAUUUCAUAAAUCAUAUUUAUAUUAUAAAUAAAAUGCUUCUGACGUUCAACGAAGCAGAAUAAAAAGACCUUUCUGAAU